AUGGGUCUUUCUGCAAUUUUCAUCUUGGGACUUCUGACGUUUAUUUUCGAUAUUAUCCGACUGGUCGCUCUCAUUGAUCUCUCAACGGCCGGAAAUGAUAUCACCUACACUCAGGUGAGCUCGAGCGUGUGGACAUGCAUUGAGCCUGCCGUCGGUAUUAUUGCGGCCUGUCUGUCCAACAUGCGUCCUUUGUUCAAGCUCGUGCAUGAGAAAGUUUGGAGUCGUCACGCUAGUCAGGGUGACACUGCCAAUACUAGUCAACAGGAAAUUGUGGGCGAGAAGCGCAAUUGGGUCCAAAGAACCCCGAGUCCCAAUGACCAAAUGACUCACUCGGAUUCUGAUUACCGAACAGAUAGUUCCUCUCACCAUGGUAUCCCUGCUUGA